AUAUAUAUAACAAUGAAUAAACGCCUAUUUCUGGUUCAAACUGGAUUGUACUUAAAACUUACAACGGAUGUGACAAGAUGUCAUCAUACUGUCAAAUAUGUCCAAACAUUGUGGGCAAUAACAAACGAUCGAAUAUAGCGCGUUCACUGUGAGACCAUCUGCACCGGGGUAGUGUACGCUGCACUGGACGGGCAAUGAGAGCCACGAAGCGGUACAGGUCAGUCGCACUAAGACGGUUCUCUCGCUUUGCAAUUUGCCAUUCAUGAUUCUCUCAUCUUAGAGCCACCAGUCGCCAGUACCCUGAGGCAGACGGAUUGCUACACUGGUUGUGGAAGGAGGGAGGGGAGACGACUGAAAUCUACAGGGGUGAGGAUACAGGGCCGUUUGGUCGAGGAGGAGUAUCGGAUAGACGCCACGGCAUCCAUCAUCAUCCGGAUACACAAGAGAUGCCAUACAUGGCAGAGAUAUCCGGACAGAGGUACGCGGGUAUAUGAUGACCCGGGGUCAGCAGACGACAGAGAGUGAGAUCCAGGACCUGUGUUUGCCAGAUCUCCCCAAGACCAACAGCGAGACAGCCGGAAGUGGCACGAUCCCCUGUCAUUCUGGCAAUGGAAGUGAAGCUGACUCGACUUCCACUCACACAUCAGACGACGUACCUGUAUUAGAUGGAGGAUGGGGAUGGGUGGUUCUUGUUGGGUGCUUCACCAUCAACUUCAUCUCAGACGGAUGUGCCUACUCGUUUGGCGUGCUUUACACCGAACUGCUGGACUGUUUCCAUGAAAGCAAGAGCAAGACGUCAUGGGUAGGAUCUCUGUUUUUCUCAGUUCCCCUUCUGUGUGGGCCAGUGUCGAGCGUCAUCACGGACAGGGUGGGUUGCAGGACAGCCACCAUUGUGGGCGGGCUCAUUGCUGCCGCGGGCUUCCUCUCAAGCAGUUUCGUCCAAUCAGUAGAGGCCUUGUAUAUCACCUACGGUAUUGUAGCCGGAUUCGGGAUGUCCUUACCCUACCUCACAUCCAUCCUCAUCAUUAGUCAGUACUUUAAGAAGCGAUUGGCAUUCGCAACCGGUGUGGCUGAGUGUGGAGCAGGGGUGGGGACGAUUGUAUUUGCACCUGUCACAGCGGCGCUGUUCUCCACAUACAGCUGGCGGGGCACCAUGUACAUCAUGGCAGGCAUCGCUGCCAACAUCGUGGUGUGCGGAGCUCUGUUCAGACCGAUAAAAGGCAAAACUCUCAGUACACGUGUGAAAAAUGAUUGCAAAAAAUUAGAAACACGAGAUGAUGAUACAGAAAGCAAACUUCUGGGACAUGCGAGAGAAGCUCAUGGAGACGAUUUAUUGUGUUGUGAAAUUAAUACUUGCCCUAAUGGCGACAUCAUUUUUGCCAAACCAGCAACACAAGAUACGACUAUUGAAGGCGAGACGCUGUCUGACGCACACGUGCUUCCAAAGACUGAAAAGCCGUCCCAAGAUGACACCAAACAUAGCAAUGAUCCUCAUCCCGAGUGUGUGUCUGCCUGUCAUCGACGCCUCCGUGGACUCAGCACGUCGCUCCAGCUCACCCUCUUCACUCACCCCAUCUUCCUUCUGUUCAUCACCUCCAACUUCAUCCUCUACUUCUGGUUCGACGUGCCCUUCGUCUUCCUGGCCAAUAGGGCGGUGUUGUCAGGGAUGACAGAGACCCGGGCAGCGUUGUUGGUGUCUGUCAUCGGAAUCCUCCACACCGUGGGCAACCUUGUGUACGGAGUAGCUGGAGACAUGCGUAGACUCAGUCUUCCUCUGUUAUAUGGCGUAUCGAUAUCUUUAUGUGGCGUGACUUUAUUAGCAGUUCCUUCUUCAUCAACGUUCCUACCUCUGGCGUGUAUGGCUGGUGUGUUCGGACUCCUGUCUGCUUCCAGCGAGGCGCUGAGCUCCAUCCUCCUGAUCGACAUCCUUGGCGAGGCAAGUCUCAGUCAGAGUUACGGCUUCACAAUGCUGCUCAAAGGGAUUGCCAACCUUGUUGGACCACCAGUUGCAGGGUGGCUGUUUGAUGUCUCUGGUAGCUAUGACAACACUUUCUACGCAGCCGGAACCUGCCUGGUGAUAGCUGGGCUGAUGUACACGCCGACGCCUCUGCUAAGACGAUGUAGCAGGUGUCGUCACGCUGAUAAAAGCAGACUGAAGUGAAUAACGCCAGUAGCCAUGUAUGGCAUCUCGCUGCCAAGUACACCGUGAAGUAGCUGGAGCAAUACCGUCACUCCGGCGGCGUAGACGUCGAGGUCAUUCCACUAGUAGAUACCAGGAUAGAUGAUACUCCGGGUCGGGUAUAUAUGUACUGUAAGGGGUUGGAGAGGUUGUAGGGGUCAGAGGGGUUGAGGGUCAGUGUACUGUUGCCACGUCAGUAGACGGUAGACGGUAGGCGGUAGACCAAGCAAUUAUCAAUCUAUCAAACAAACAACCAGGCUCUAACCAAGUACAUUUGAUUCAAGUCAUCCAUUUACUGUACACGUUUUCUAGUUUAGUGUUUGUGUCAGUCUGACUAUGAUCUGUUACUCUACUUACACUAUUUCACCGUCACACAAGACGGUAAAAACAAAAUCCAAGUACUGCGUUAACGUUGGACACAAGUGUGUCAGUGAGCACAUCAUCAUGACGUAUCACCGUAGUCAAGGCAGCUAUCGGAUCGGCGUAUGGUUCACGCUGUUGCCGGCAGACGAGGACCUGCCGCCACUAACAUCACAAAUGACACAGACUACAAAACGACAGCUUUAAACUGUGAUGAAGGAGCAGAGACACUUCGAUACAAGUUAUCUAACUUAUCCGAGUCCUCACAAUGACCUUUUUCAUUGUCUGAGGGCAUGAACAUGCACUGGUAAUACACUACCUCAUCACACAAUACGGGAUGCAAUACAAACAAUACGACAUAUCAUUACACGAGAUUCCGGACACAAUAACUUUUGACAAUAUGAGUAUUUUUGUAAUAAAAUUUAUGAAUAACUAUAA